GUUAGCGUUGAUUUGACGCAGUGAUCAGCAGUUCAGUACUGACGAAAGCAGCUCAUCGGUUCGUCCAAAGAUACUAACUACACUCGGAUAAAUUUGUCCUUAUAACUUCCUGCGCUUCUGACCAGAUUCACGCUGCCAGGUUCUGGUUCAUUCAAAGCGAACCUGUUGGAGAAGAUCUGGAGCUGUAGGAGCUGGAGCCUCAGGAGCUUCUCUUCCCCCUUGUGUUCUAGUCCGAUCCGCUCUGUUAGCUCACAAACACCAAACCGUUCCGUCCUCGAACCCUGAAGCUCCUCAGUGGAACCCACAGCUUGUUUAGCAGCAGCCAGGACACAGGACACUCAUCUCAUAAACACAGGAUUUAGGCGAAUGGCAGAGCUGGGCAGUAGAUUUCUUCCUCACUGAGCGAUGGAGCGGGCUCACAGCCUCCUGCUCAACGAAGAGGCUUGGAGCCAGCUGGCGGAGCAUCAGAGGUCCGAGUUUGUCUUUGAAUGGCUGAAUCACCUGAACAAGCUGCUUCCAGCCACCGACAGGGCCCAUAUCAAACAGAACCAGCGGCACCUGGUGGAGCAGCUGUCGGCUGUUCUGAUCGGCUCCCCCGGCCCAUCGACUCGCUGCCUACUGGCUCGUUGUUUUGCUCUGCUCUAUCACCUGGGAGACCCUGUUCCUGCCAGCCUGCUGGUCGAGAGGUGCAAUGAGAUCAUCCGAAGCAAAGAUGACUCGCCUUCAGGGCUCCCGACUCGGCUGGCGGCCGUGGCGUGUCUGGGCUCUCUGUACGCUCAGCUGGGUCGAAUGCUCGGCGGCUCCUUCAAAGACACGUUGGCCAACUUGCUGAAGGCCAUGAAGAGCGCUGAGUCUCAGGGUCGCUAUGAGAUCAUGCUGAGUGUGGAGAGGAUCCUGCGGGGUUUGGGCCCCGGCGCCGUGUCGGGCCACCGCGACAUCUACAAGGCGGCCAGGAUGUGUUUGACAGAUCGCUCCUUGGCCGUUCGCUGCGCCGCAGCCCAGUGUUUGCUGGAGCUGCAGAGGGAGGCGUCCUUCCUCAGCACCAGUGAGCUGGAGAAUGUGGCCACUCUGUGCUUCAGGGCCUUCGAAGGCUCCAACUGUGACGUCCGCGUGUGCGUAGCCAGACUGCUGGGAAGCCUGCUGGCUGGCGCCGUGCAGCCGCCGCAGCCGCCGCCGCAGCCGCCGCAGCCCAACGACUCCAGACAGGCUGGACGGGGUCCGAGCUCCCUGGAAGACGUGAUGGAUCUGUUGUCGGGUGGGUUCCUGAGAGGUGGGGCCGGUUUCCUCCGAGCCAGUGGAGACAUGUUGAAGGGGACGAGUUCCGUCAGCAAAGACGUCCGCAUUGGAGUCACACAGGCCUACGUGGUCUUCGUCUCCAUCCUCGGAGGCUCCUGGCUGGAGCGGAACCUCCCAGCCUUCUUGUCUCUGCUGAUGGAGCUGGCGUCCCACAGCAGGGCCACCCAGACGUCGGGCGACGCUGUGCUGACCCGCUGCUGUGUGUGCUUCAUCCUGAGGAGCACCCUGGGCUCCCUGCUGAGCGAGAAGGCGCAGACCAAUGCAGCCAGACACCUGUGCUUUGCUGUGGCCUCACAGAAACGGGCCAUCGAUGCAGCUCUGGCUGACGGGAACGUGGAGACUCGGGUUUCUUCCACAGACCUUGCAGCGAGUCAGCACAUUCUGACCUGCUGCCUGCUGGAACUGGGAAGAUUGGUCCAGGGACUGGGAUCCACGGCCGCCCCCCUCCUCACCGAUGGCAGCACAGCCCUGCUGGACACCGUCGUCUCCGUCCUCCUCCACCCGGCUUCCUCCGCCCGACUGGCCGCCGCCUGGUGCUUGCGAUGUGUUGCCGUAGCGAUGCCGUGGCAGUGCUCCCCGCUGCUGGACCGCUGCGCCGAGCGCCUGUCUGCGCUGAAGUCUUCCCCCGAAGCGGUGGCCGGCUACGGGUGCGCUGUGGCCGCCCUGGUGGCGGCGGUGCAGCACUGCGCCCUGGGGAUACCACACACCAAGGGGCAGGCGGUGCUGGACCUGGCCGAGGACCUUCUGCGUUCGGCCUCUCAGAACAGUCGGAUGUCUGUGCAGCGGACUCAGGCCGGCUGGCUGCUCGUCUCCGCUGUCCUCACUCUGGGCCCGGCCGUCGUGGAGCACCACCUGGCCCGCCUCCUCCUCCUCUGGCGCUGCGUGUUCCCCGUGUCGCUCCGGGAGCAGGAGUCGGAGCUGCGGCGAGGGGACUACUUCACGUGGCAGGUCACGCUGGAGGGCCGAGCCGGGGCGCUGAGCGCCAUGAAGCGCCUGCUGCUGCACUGCAGCCAGCUGCUCACGGACGAUGUGCUCAGCCGCCUGCUGACGCCGCUGGCCUGCGCCGUGGCGCUGCUCACCAGGCUGCCUGCUCUUGUCAGGUCCUACAGCAGCUCAGUGCGAAGCUGGUCCAUCGUCUACAGACUGAGAGUCUACGAGCUGCUCGCUCUGCUGCCUCCACACACCUACCAAGAAAAUUUUGGUUUAGUCAUGAACCAGCUGGUGUCUGAUCUGUCCAGUCAGGACAACCUGAACCACCCGUGUUCAGAGCUCACCCUGUUGCCCCCCCUCUGUCACCAUGACGACCUGCCACUGGUCAGCCCUGCGCUGCACAGCACAGACCACGGCUACAUCGAGGAGCAGCUCCAUGGCAGCAGUGUCGCAGGAGGCUCACUGGACAAUGACCCCUUCAGCCUGUGUGAGAGGAGCGAUGAGGCUCCCACUCCUCUUCCUCCUCCGGUUGCUCUCACAGCUGCCGCUGUCCGUCUCUUUGGGGUCGUGUUCCCUCACAUCAUCUCUGCUCAGAGAGUGAAGAUUCUGGAGCAGUUUGCAGACUCAUUGAAGCAGCUGAAGGGUCAGCGCCAGCAGACGGUUCAGACCCUCGUGUGUGCAGCUGUCUGCAGCCUGCUCAAGCACCAGGGCGGCCUCCAGGCCUCCCUGGGUCCAGAGGAGAUGCGCCCCUCCGCCCUGUCCCUUCUGUCGGGGGCUCUGGAGAGCCUCAGUCCCCUGCUGCGCUGUCUGGCUGCAGAAGGUCUGGCCCGACUGGUUCAGGUGGUGAGAGACCCGGGCUUCACCGUGUCCGUGUCCUUGCUCUGCUUUGACAGGCUGAAGACGGCUCGCGACGCCGCGUCUCGCAGCGGCUACGCUCUGGCCCUGGGGGCGCUGUACCGCUACGCUGGAGGCUUGGGCUCCCCUCAACACCUGUCCACCUGCCUGGGGGUCCUGUUCACGCUGAGCCAGGACACCUCCUCACCCGAAGUGCAGACCUGGUCUCUCCACAGUCUGUCUCUGCUGGUUGACCUGUCCAGUGGUCUGUACCGCCCCCACGCCGAGCCGUCCUUCGCUCUGGUGCUGCGGCUGCUGCUUUCGGCUCCACCUACCCACCCGGAGGUCCACUACAGCCUGGGGCGCUGCCUGCUCGCCCUCGUCACCUGCCUGGGCCCCGACCUGCAGGGGGAGGGCGCAGCCGUGUCCGGGCUGCGCUGCAGCUGUCUGCUAGCCUGUGGAGCCAUGCGGGCCAGUCCUGACUGUCUGGUCCAGGCCAGAGCCGUCUCCUGUCUGCAGCAGCUGCACAUGUUCUCUCCUCGGCACGUGGACCUGGCCGACCUCGUGCCAGCUCUCUGUGAGAUCUUGAUGGAUUAUUCCAUGUUGGCUCACCUGACCAGCUCGUACCUGUGUCUGCGGCGGGCGGUGGUGGCCUGUCUGCGGCAGCUGGUCCAACGGGAGGCGCUGGAGGUUUCUGACCGCGCUGUGGCUUUGGUCAAAGAGCUGCCGAGACGAGACAACACGCUUCUUGAAGUGACUAUAAAGGAGGUGGGCCUGGAAGGCGCUCUGUUCAGUCUGUUGGACCAGGAGUCCGAUCUGGGUCUGAGGAGAGACAUCCAGGAGACUCUGGUCCACAUGAUGAUGUCCAGCGCCACCAGCGGGAAACUGGGACACUGGCUCAAACUAUGCAAGGACGUCCUGUCUGCAGCCUCAGACUGUCUCGCUCCAGUCGAGGCGAGUCAGGAGGAUGAGGACACGGACCCGAGCGGAGACGACGACUCUUCUGCUUUUAAAGCUCGCUCGGAUUCGAGUGGCCCCUUCACGGCCCUGCGCCGGGCCACACGCUGCUUCGCCAUGGAGUGCGUGUGUCGCAUCAUAGCUCAGUGCAAGAACGCUGACCCAGCUCACUUCGACAUGGCUCUGGCCCAGGAGCGCCGCCUGCAGGAGUCCACAGACUUCCUGGUCCUCCAUCUUGGUGACCUGGUCCGCAUGGCGUUCAUGGCAGCUACAGAUCAUAGCAACCAGCUGAGACUGGCAGGUCUUCAGACCCUGCUAGUGAUCAUCAAAAGGUUCGCCUCCAUUCCUGAGCCAGAGUUCCCGGGUCACGUGAUCUUGGAGCAGUACCAGGCUAACGUUGGAGCAGCUCUCAGACCAGCCUUCACAGCUGAUGCUCCUCCUGAUGUCACAGCCCAGGCCUGCCAGGUGUGCAGUGCCUGGAUUGCCAGUGGUGUUGUCAGUGACCUCCGUGACCUGCGGCGUGUCCACCAGCUCCUGGCCUCCUCAUUGGCCAAAGUCCAGACGGGAAGGGAAGCGACCAGCCUGCUGUACAACGAGGCCACUGCUACCAUGGAAACGCUGGCCGUGCUCAAGGCCUGGGCCGAGGUUUACAUCGUAGCUGUUCACAGGAGCAGGCCGGCGCACGGUUCUGGAAGGUCAGCAGACCUGUCGGGCUCUCCGGCCAAUCACAGCUCAGGGUCGGGAGGGGCGGGUCUCCUGAAGCUCGUCCAAUCGGAGCUGUCGACGCUGAGCCGUCUGUGGCUGGCGGCGCUGCAGGACUACUCCCUGCUGAGCCUCCCACAGGAGUACGCGUCCCGGCUGCCUGCGCAAGGAGGUUGUUUUUACACAGCAGAGACCUUGACACAGGCCAGAGUUCAUUACUCCUCCUGCUGGGCUCCCAUCCUCCAGGCCACCGCCCUGUGGCUCCACAGCACCGGCUUUGUCAUAUCAGAUGACACACCUGCCAGUCUGUCCAGGCCGGCCACACCAACCUCAAUGGGCCAGACCGGAUCUGCUGCCCACAAAAGUCCAGAGGACAUCAACAGUGACCGACUGCACCUCAUCCUGGGGAUCAGUGUGGAGUUUCUGUGUUCCCCCCACUCUGAGGACCAGAUGGCCCACAUCACAUCCUGUUUGCGGGCCCUGCAAACCCUGCUGGACGUCCCCUGGUCCCGAGCCAAGAUCAGCAGCGACCAGGCUCUGAGUGUGGAGCUGCUCAGCGUUCUCCACAGGCUCAUGGUCACCAGAGAGUCUGCAUCUGUUCACCUCGCUGUGUUGGAUUUACUGCAACAGAUUGUGAUGGCAGCUCAGGAGCACGUCAGGGAGAGACGGCACAGUGCAGAGGUUGAUGAUGGAGCAGCAGAGAAGGACACUCUGCCAGAGUUCGGCGAAGGACGAGACACCGGUGGUUUGGUUCCUGGACGCUCGCUGGUCUUCGGGGCUUUAGAGCUCUGCCUCUGUGUCCUGAUCCGGAAGCUUCCACAACUCAGCCCCAAACUGGCUGGAACCAGCACAGGUGGUCCUGGAGGCUCCGUCUGGAGUCUGAGCGACAGCGACUGUCAUCUGGUGGCGUCGGCCCUGAGCGUCCUGUCUGAGCUGCCGUCCAUCUGCUCCCCUGAAGGCAGUGUGUCCGUCCUCCCCACGAUCCUCUACCUGCUGCUGGGAGUCAUCAGAGAACUGGUCCACCGGCCCAGCACCCACACUGCUGCUGCAGCGGGUCUGGCUUUGCUGCUCCAUGCGGCUCUUCAGGCCCUGAAGUGUGUCCUGACGUCUCAGAUGAGUCGGCAGGGGAAAAGCAGAGGAGCCUGGAACCUGCUGCUGAGAUCGGCCCUGAAGAUGCUGCUGGGACUCUGGGACGCUGGAGACGCUGACGGCACCGUGGACCAGUGCAGCCUCCUCACGGCGCUGACUGUCUUCCUGCUGUCUGCCGGGCCAGACGUGUGUAUGGUCCAGCCUCUGCACGCGCUCUGUGUGCAGCGCUUCGCUGCCAGCAUGGACUCCAAAGACUCAGUGGUUGUGAGUCGAUGUUAUCAGCAGCUGACGUCAGUGUUUCAGGCGCACCCUGCUGUGGCCGUCCCAUACAUCCAGAGCCUCGGACCACGGCUGGUCCAGUUCCUUCAGAAGGUGGAGAGGAGUCGUCCUCAGAGUCCAGAGGAGUUGCUGGGGGUCCUGGAGGCAGUGGGAGCGAUGGAAGCUCUGGUCCAGGCUGCAGAGGAGUCGCAGCGUCCUCAGCUGAUGGCUGUCUUCCUUCCGCUCCUCAUCUCCUUCCUCCUGGAUGAAAACACCCUCGGCUCAGUCUCAGCACCGUCCAGGUCUCUUCAUGAGGCUGCUCUUAAGGACCUGAUGCGACUCGGCCCCCAGCACUCCACUGUAUUCAGGUCUCUGGUUGUGACAUCUCCUCACCUGAAGUCUCGUCUAGAAUCUGCCAUCAAAGGAAACCAGGAGAGUGUGAAUGCUAAAGCUAGCAGCGCUAACUCUAACAACCACAGCUCCGCUAAGUCCUCCCCCAGCAUCACUCUGAAGACCAACUUCCUGUGAGACGACAGGAGGGGCACAAAACAUGGAGCUGCCUUCACUGUCCCCUGGGACAAAUGGGACUUGGGUUUUCUGAAGUGUUAACAGAAAGCCUGUGAAGUUAAUCAGCUAAAUCAUCACUUUACCUCUUCUGGUUAUUUUAGGAAUGUUUGGCAGAUGUGAACCAUAAAACAAUCUUGGAAGUGUUUCUCUCUUUGUGGGUCAGUGUUGGUGUUGGUCCAACAGCUCGUGUCGGCUUGCAGACUUGAUGCAGAGCAAUAAUCCAGUGAUUAUAAAUAUCAACCCUCAUCAUCGUCAGAGUCUCUGCUUGUUUUACAGGUACAUGAGUUCACUAGUUAGCAGCAUAGAAGCACUUUGUAUUGGGCAAUAGUCAUUUUCCCAGAUGCUGAUUGUUCUUGAAUCACACAGUGUUUGGAUCUGAUCUAGUUCUUCAUCAGCAUCUGUCAUGUGGUCGUUUCGUUUGUUUUGCUGAUGCUCUAUGAUUCACAGGUUCUCCCAAUGGACGCUGCUGUGUGACUCAGUGUUUUGAUUACAAAUGCUCAAGGUCAAAGGUCAUCUUUAACAACAAGAUAUGUUCCUUUGAAUCUCAGGUGAAUGUUAUUAACAGGACAUUAUUUCCUUGAAAUAUUUGUUUUCAAUUUUGACCAAUUACGUUCAAAUCAAGCUGGGGAAUGAUGGUUGUCGUCAGCUCCUCUGAGAUCUGGGAAGGUCUGAAUGUGAAUAUAGACAUGUUCUUAACUCCAUUUUUCUUUUUUGUUUUAAUCAAAUUGUCACAUCCAUGGGUUAAUAUUAACUUGCUUAGAAUCAUGUGAAUAAAAUGUGUUUUCUUUCAACGGA